CAUACAUAUAUAUAUAUAUAAAUAUAUAUGAAGAGUUAUGUACACACAUAUAUAAAUGCAUAUGUAUUUGUGAAUUUAUAUGUGUUGGAAAAUUUUCAGUAAAAGUUUUCCAAGUCAGUUAAAAAGAACAGAAGAAAAAAAAUAAAAUUUUUUUUUUGCUUUUAAGAACAAGAAAAAAUAAAAGAAAUUAAAAAAAAAUAUUUUUUUUUGUCCAGCGAAACGAAAACACGUGUAUAAGCGGUGAAAAAUCAAAGAAAAAAAAAAGCAAAUAACGGUAUUUAUGAAUUAACGAGUUAAAAGAUAUCCUUAUGAUCGGCUCAUUUUGGAAUUUGUGCAGAGCGUGCCCAUCAAUGCCGGUUGACAAGCAGCUCCAUUCGGAGUAUAGGAGCACUUAUCGUUGGCAUGAGUUUACUGGUAGUUCAAGGCCAGAAGUGGUGCGUCGUGCACCCGCUCCAAAUCCCAGCCAAUUUGUGGGUGCCACAAAUGAGCCACCAAUACCGCGUAGGAAAAAAUGCCCAGAAUUAGCUUAUAAGUCGCAUGAAUUUAUUAUAGGCUCUGAAUAUACAGACGCUCGCAAUAAUGCUGCAAAUCGUAUGCCCAGAUCGGAAGAAAGAGGUGGUACACCAUCACGUCGUAGUAAAUCUGAGGGUCCUCCUGCAGUGCCCAAUGGUCGAGCUUAUCCCAUAUCAACGGAUGUUGAUGGACCGGAUACCAAACAGGCGGGUGAGUCAAGUCAAGGCUUAUUCAAAAAGACCAUCUCAAAAUUGAGCACAGAGUAUCGUUUGCAAUUUGUUUGGCCCAAUGUUCGUAGAAUAAAGGGCCCAGAAACUCAAACAACAACAGCAACAACAGAUCAGCCCAAAAAAUCAAUAUCAAUGGGUGCAAUUAGAGGCCAACAAGCCUAUCAGCAACAACAACAACAACAACAACUACACAACUACCACCAACACCACCACCAUCAUCAUCAUUAUCAGCAACAGCACAACCAUCAUCAAAUGAUGGCGGCGAUGCCAACGGUUCAUAAAAAACGUACAACAAAUCAAAAAGAAGCUACACUACAUGAGUUGGAGCCGCUGGUUAGCGAUGCUGAUGAUAGAAAGCCCAUUGAAAAACAAGUGACUAUAGUGGAAAGAAAGGUUACGGCCAGACCUUUUUCACAGCUUAUAGAGCAGGAACGGCCCCAUCAUUUUAUAACUAAAAAGGAGAACUAUGGCUUUGAAAAAGUCACCGAAGUGGACAAUAAACAAUUGUUGCAAGAACAACAGCAACAACAACAACAAGAACAACAACCAUUAGCACCUCAACAGCCAGCUGCCGGUGAUGGUGAACUAAUCAUGAACGGCUCAUCGCCACCACAUUCGAAACCGAACUUGGACUUGUGGCUUAAAGAGGUAGUAGAGUUACGUAAAAAGGCCGGCGAAUACAAGUGCCGCGGUUGGGGUAUAGAAAUUGAUCCGGACUUAUAUAAGAAACAAAAAGAUUUAUGGGAUCAAGUAUCCAAAAACAGUUCUCUAUCCGCUUUGUCAUUAGCUUCGGCUAUGCAUAGGCCUAUCACUAAAGAGGAGAAAGAACAAGAAAAUAAUAAGAAGACCGCUCCGUUAACCAUAAAACCUCAAAAAGCGCGUGUUCCUGGUCAGGCUUUCUUUUUGGAUAAUAAGGAUGAAAUGCAUGCACUGCCAGCACGUUUCCAUCAUACUUUCAAGCAUUCAUCAACAUCGUUUCUUCAAAAAGAUGUAGAAGAGGGUGCCUUGUUGCCGUCACCUACACGUGAAAAAUUAAUGCCAGCAAUAACUAAACGUGAAUCGGAAUCUCAACGCGGUAGCCCCAAAAAGACAGCAGCUUCACGACACGGUUCACCCCAGAAGGGCAGUCCUCAAAAGGGUAGCCCAAAAAAGAUAAUUAAAACACGCUCACAAUCGGUUGGUCCUGAACAUGAGUCUCCUAAACGGCAAAUACGCUCAGCCAGUACCGCACCAACUGCCAGAUAUGUAACUACAACGGCUGGAAAGAAGACACCUACAACUGCUGCCGCUGAGCGUAAAGCACGUCCAUCUACCCUUUCCACUACAUUACAUAUACGUACGAAAAGUAGUUCAUUACCUCCUCCUCCUCCUAGUGGUAGUAGAGCUCAUGCAAAUGCUGUCGCUGCUGCUAAUAUCGAAAAUUCUCAACUUCAUGCAAAUCAAUCAUUAACAUCAACAUCACUAAGCAAAUCGCCACAAUCUUCGCAAAUGCGUAAAAGUGACAAAGACAAACGUAACUUAAUUAAUAAUAAUAAUAAUAAUAGCCAUGAAGCCAGUAAUGGCAGUAUUGUUACGCAACCACUACUACUACCACCACUACCACCACCAGCACCACCACCACCGCUGCUACUGCAACACGGUAUGAAAAUAAUUAAAACGCCGCCAAAAACUUCGGCAAUGAGUUCAAUGAGUGUUAUUCAGACCGACGGUAUGCGUAAAAUUGCGCCGCCAUCGACGCUGGUUAUGAAUGAUGAGAUUGGCGGUCAUAAAAUCGGUGGUGAUGUUGGCAAAACAUUGGCUUUGAAUCGUUUACCGGUACCAGGUCGUGAUAAAAAAUUGGCUGAAAAUGAUGGUGAAGAUGGCCGUGACACUGCCAUAUCUGUGUCCAGUUGUAGUCCACAACCGGUCCCUGAGGUACCAGAAGAGCCUUUGGUUAAAUCGCCGCCCGAACCUACACGCGUCAAAUCGCCCGAACAAAUUAUAAUGCGUUCACCCGAUCCGGUUAAUUGGACCGUACCAUUGGAUACAGGGAAAACAUUUACCGUUACGCAAAAUGUUAAAGAAGUUCGAUUUUUAGGUGAAAAUUACAGUCGGCCUCAGAGCGAGAUAAAGGCUUCGACUCCGGUCGAAAAACCACCACCACCACCACAAUCGGCUCCACCCGAAUUGACUGAACAAGUCAAAAUGGACGCUUGGAAAAAUGCUCAUUCUACCGAUACCAAAGCAUCGUUGUUGAGCAGUUCUAGUCCCACAUCUAGUCUAAGCAAAAAUCAAAAAUCUUUUAAUAACAACCACACCAACAACAACAACAAUAAUUAUAACAACAAUCAUAAUAGUAACAAUAAUAAUAUAAAUAGUAAUAGUAAUAAUAAUGGAAACAAUAACACCAAUAAUAAAUUAAAUACUAAACCAUUGCCUGGUACUACUAUAAGAGUAUUAGAAGAUCCUUUAUUUGAUAUAGAUGUGGUAAUGGCUACUAGUGCUGCUUCCAUAACCAGCGUAACAGGCGGUGGUAAUCUCUCAUCAUCAUCAAAUUCAACAACAACACCAUCAACUGCUCGCACUACGGCAACCGAUGUUUUGGAAAAGGCUCGUGAUCGUUUUGAUCGUUUCUGGGGUGGUAACAACGUUAAAGAGGAGAGUGUUUAAAUUUACUAUUAAAAAGAACAACAACAACA